UUCGAAUUCGCGCCCGGAACGCAAACUCCAACCGCAAACGCUUGAACCGCAAACGCUUCGAAAUUCAAACGUUAUUUCCGUUGUUGGUGCCCCUCGAAAUAAACAAAAUAAAAAAACUUUUUUUUUCGUUUUUUUGUUGCCACGACUGUUUUUUUUUACCACCAAAGAUUGGAUAUAUCAAAGAAAUUUUAACGGCUCUUACAGCAAAGUGCAUUGUGUGUGUGUGCGACAUAUGACAAGUGCAACAAAAAGCUUAAAUCUGACGUUCCCCCCAUCCGAAAAAUAAUGCAAAUAUAACUAAAAAGCCCAGGAAAAAAUCAACAGCUGCUAAAUCUUGAGUCAACAGGCGCAAAACAAAACGUAAGAAAAUACACUAAUGUGAACAUCAACAACAACAACAAUAACAACAGUGGUUAUUAAAAUCCAAAGUUUCCCAAACGCCCAAAAAUACAAAGAAAAAGAAGCAGAGCUUGUGUCUUGCUGUGUUGAGUGUUAAACAACAAAAAGCUAUAAAAAAAAGUGAUUAAAACCAACUGCAAAUUAACUUCUAACGGUAUUCGGUGAUCGCUUGCUGGCGGAGCAUGGAUAUCACCCCAGUUCCAUCACCACCAUCGAUAUCCGUAUCGCUUUUGGCUCCAGGAUCAACGGUAUUCGCAAACGCUGGCCAUUAAAAAGCGCCAGCCGAAUGCCACAAAGAUGCCACCGCUGCAACGAGACCAAUUGAACCACCAACAUUUUGCGCUUUUGCAAAGAAAACGUGUCAAUGAGAAAAUUGACAGCUUUGAUAUAAACUUUAUAAAACCAUCAAAUCUGGUCGUGCUCAGAUCGACUAUAAAUCCAACCACAAUCCCAAACGGUCGAACUAAAGAUCGAUUCAAGACUAGCAGCAACAUCAAAAUCAAAAAUUCGAAAAGCGGGAGUAACGAGCGCCAUUUCCAUUUGAGUGAAACGCCAGACUUGGUCGCCUCCUCUUCGCUGUUGUCGUCAGCUUUCGUUGCAUCCUCCGCCGCCUUGGUAAAUGCGUUCUAUAGAAACAUCGUCAUAUUUUGCACCAUCACGUACAGGCUUUACCUGCUAAAGUCCUGCUAUCAAGUGAAAUCCCGUUACCGAUUGCCCAGCUGGUUAUCGAUAAUGUGCAAAGGCAGCAAAAACGAGAAAAAUCCAAAGGCGAAAUAGAAGCAAAGCAAACUGAGGCAAACAGCGAAGAGCAGCAACAACAAAAAAAAACAAAAAAGGAAAACAACAAAUGUGCACGGCUGUUGUCGGUGUGACCGAGUGUGUGUGUGUGAGUGUAGAAACUGUGCCAAUGCCCUGACAACGGCACAAGGUGAUGAUGCAAACUACAGCCGGCUGCAGUCGCCGUCCCCAUCGACGUCGUCGUCGCAGUCAGUGAGGCAGUGACGCCAAUUGCCAUGAUGAAAGAGCCAAAGAGCCAGUGGCACAGUAGGAGCGACUACUGGUGGUGCAGUAGCUCCUGGGGGAGGGGUAGAGAGAAGGAGGGUGGCGGUGCUGCGGAAUAGUUGGCGAUGCGUUGGUGAACAUGCAAUGACGCGAAUGACACAAACACCGAUACAGCUCCGGGCGCAUCAAUAGCAGUGCAACAAGUAGUUUUGGGAACUCGAUUAUAAUUAUUAUUUUCGAGUUAAAAUUACAAUACAAAGCUACAUUACCUACAUUAUUAAGCUGACUGUUUGAUAAGAAGAA